AUGCCCCCUUCCUCACCAUCGCCCCAACCCCUUAUGGGUCCUGAAACGAGUCCACCCAUCAACGAUCGAACUCGCGAUCAAAGCAUGGCAGCGGGGCCCUACAGAUCUCCAGAUGGGCCUGAGUGCAACGAUAGCAGGAAAGAUCAGGAUCCAGCCGAUUACCCUGUAAUCAAUAACAUCGACCGAGCUCAAGAGCAAACCUUUCUUACAGGCAGCAGGCUCCAUCUCGUGUCGACUGCCUUUGGCAUAGCCAAUAUUAUGGUCGCCUUAGAUAGCAGUAUUCUUGCGACCGCGCUACCCACCAUAAGUUCCACUUUAGGAUCCACCAAUGAUAUUGGAUGGUAUGGCAGUAGCUAUCUGCUCGCUCAAAUGGCGUCGCAGCCAAUUUGGGGAAAGAUCUACACUUGCUUUGAACCCAAGCGGACCUAUCUUUUAUCCUUGGUGAUAUUCGCGGUGGGUUCGAUACUUUGUGCAGUAUCUCCCAUAUCGGCUUGCCUCAUCUUAGGCCGCUCUGUUACUGGCCUUGGAGCCUCUGGGCUGCUGGCAGGAAGUCUUUCUAUCUUUGGCCAGGUUGUGCCACUAAGGCAACGGCCCCAGGGUAUGGCAUUGAUGGUCAGCAUUAGCAACAUUGCCUCGAUGAUGGGAAGUACCAUUGGAGGUAUCAUCACCGAUUCUGUUCUGACUUGGCGGUUCUGUUUUUGGAUUAACAUCCCCCUUGUGAUUGGCUGCGCUGUGGUUGUAGCGUUAGUCUUGAAACGCAAGCCACAUCCUGAUCAAAAGCUUCCUCUGAGUGACAAGCUACAGAGAAUUGAUUUGUUCAGCUUUGUGCUGCUAUCAUCGAGCUUAAGCUGCCUGUUCCUGGCCUUUGAAUGGGGAGGUCUAUCAGUCUCCUGGUCAAACCAGAAAGCAUGGGGUUGUUUACUAGGCUUUGCCCUUCUAGGUAUUGUCUUGGUUGUUGUACAGGCGUAUAAAGGUGACAAAGCCGUGAUCAAUUUGAAGUUCAUGCGCCAACGUACCAUAGUGGUGUGCUAUCUAUUCUCGUUUUUCUACGGUCUGGCUAUCUCUACACAUCAAUGGUUACUACCGACAUAUCUGCAGGGUAUCCACUAUACCUCAGCCGCCCUUUCCGGUGUAAUAUGCUUAGCAUUCUCCGUUCCAAUGACCAUCUUCGGUUUAUCCACGGGCUUUUUCACCACGCGAUUUGGUUACUAUGUUCCAUUCAUGUGGGUUGGGUCUGUGCUGUACGUCGUGGGAAGUGUACUACUGUUCCGACUGGAUGCAGAUAGUAGCCCUGGUCAUUACGUGGGUUACCAGAUCCUAGCUGGUGCAGGCUGCGGAAUGGCUAUCCAAGUUACCUUUAUCGCUGUACAAGUCGUCGUGUCGCCUCAUGAUAUGGCCCAUGCUUGCAACAUGGAGGUGCUUUUCCGCCAACUUGGGAGCUCUAUUGCUAUUAGUUUGGCCGAGAAUAUUUUCUUGUCCAGCGUAAACUCGCCCCUUGCGAAAAUUGUGCCUGGGGAAAGUUCAUCUAUUCUAACUACCGGGAUCCGUGCAUUCGUGCAGAUCGCAAAAAACCUUCCCGCACACAAGCAGAUGGAGGUAAAAACCCUCCUAGAUUACGGUAUUUCGCAGGCUUUUAUUCUACCUCUCGUGGCGACUUCAGCUGCGGCAAUCGCCAGCUGGGCAAUGGACUGGAGAAAGAUCGAGGAGGACAGGGAGGCCCCUGUUCUCAUGGAAAUGGGUUGA